UUCUGGAAAUCUUGACGGGGUUUGUUUACACCGUUUCUGUGCAACAAGUGCUCAAGAAUUACCUCUAAAUUGCCGGUUUCUUCUCGCUGAAAGUGUUUCGUAAUAGUUGCAAGUGUCAUAAAUAUUAAACGUUUCCCUGAAAAAAAUGGCCAGUAAUCUAACGGAGGACGACCAAUCUGUUGUCAUCGCCCACGUCGCCCGGGAGAUUCGCAAAUCACGGCUACAUUUCCAGCUGAAAAGAGCAGCGCAGGUCCAGGCAGCAAAACCCAGCAUCAGAUUGUCUGACUUACAGGAUCAAGUAAUUCAAGGCAUACAGGAAUCGGGCUGGGAGCGGAGACUACACAAUGCGGUGUACAGGCAAUUGAUGUUAUACCCCAAACCAACCCAUCCGAAUACCCCGAUUGACAACACCAAGGAACCUCUUGCCUACAUCAGGAGAGCUCAGUCGACCUGGGAGAAGCGGAUCUUAAAGAGUUUAAACAGCAUGUGUACAGAGCUUUCAGUGCCCCUAGCCAGAAAGAGACCCUUAGCGGAGCAGAAAGAUUUAAAAGCAAGAUGGAAUGAGCUUGGAGCUGAGGAACCAGAUUUAAGUGCCUUCAGGCCCGUGUACGCCCCCAAGGACUUCCUGGACAUGCUGAUCACGCUCAAGAAUCCCAACUGUUCCCCAGGGCUCCAUGUUGGGACCCUUCAUGGCUGGGGGUUGAUCCAGCUGCCACUCAAAGUCAGCAGUCUGGAUGAUCUGAGAGAGGAAUUCCACGAGCUGUCUUCAGUUUCGCAGCAGACUGGUGUUGAUGACCAUGCGGAUACAUCGUCAGAGGUGUUUGACAACGAGCGGAUGCGACUGGGUAGGCGUGUCCUACAGGCUAACCACUCCCCCCUUGCCCAGCAGUACGCUAAGAAGGGAUGCCCAGGGGGUCUACGGGCUGAGCUAUGGGCGAGCAUGCUGGGCGUAGCCACGGAUGAUAUUGUGAGUACCCCAGAUUAUUUUAUUCUAUACAGAAGGGUCAUUCCAUGGUGA